AAAGCAUUGACCCGGCGUUUGGCUCAAUCAGCUGCUGCCAGUGCCUCUCACGUGCGGUUGUUUUGGUUUUAAUUUUCAUUUUAAAUAGGCAAAACACAACAUUGCCCUGAGCGUUUCGAUGGUCCUGUAAAUGCAUUAUUUUACCAUGUGCUGAAACUGACAGUUUCAAAUCAAAUUUCUGUUCACAUUUUUGUUUCAAAAUGGAAAAAGUAUCGAAAAUAUCUUUUAAUUCAGCUCGGAGACUCUUAACGAAAGGAAUAUUCGCCGUUGACAAACCAAAAAAUGUUUAUUCCAUGAAAGUUAUUGACAAACUGAAAGAAAAUCUUGAAGAAGAUUUAUUUCGACACAAAGAAGCAGAGAGCGACUUUUUAAAGAUCGGCCAUGGAGGAAUAUUGGAUUUUUCAGCCACUGGGGUCUUAGUUAUUGGGGUUGGUGAGGGUUGCAGAAGGUUACCUUUAUACUUGAAAGGAGACAAAAAGUACGUCGCUAUUGGCAAGCUUGGAGACGAGACUGAUACCUUCAACGAUACAGGCAAAAUUACAGGCUCAGCUCCUUACGAUCACAUUUCCAAAGCAAUGAUUGACACAGCGCUGAAAUCAAAGUUUGUUGGCUCGAUUUGGCAAGUGCCUCCGAAAUAUUCUGCAUUGAAGAGGAAAGGGCGGCGAGUGUCUGAUCUAGUUUUAGAGGGCCAAGAGGUAGAAAUGCAGCCUCGGAGGGUUGACUGCCACUCGGCAACAUGCUUUCUCUUUGACCCACCGCAUUUCCACCUGGAGAUCACCUGCGGAGGUGGUUUCUACGUUAGAAGUUUAGUACAUGAUCUAGGAAAAGUUUUGGGGUCGUGCGCUCACGUCACUGAACUGCGCAGAACACAACAAGGCGUAUUCACCGAAUCUGACGCGCUCAAAGAGGCUGACUGGAAUGCAAGUAACAUUUUAAAGGCUAUAAAAAGCUCAAAAAUCUAUCUAAAAAAGAAAGACGAGUGGUACAGGAUCAGAAAUGAUUAAAUAAUGCAUUUAAACAUAAACCAUCUUUUAUUAAAUUAAGUAGUGCAUCCUCUACAAGAUCAAUGGCAAAGU